GUUGGCUUGCGCCGCUCUAAAAGGCAGAAGGAGAUGCGCUCGCUGCUUUUGGCGGAUUUUAUAUGAAGAAUAUAAAGCAUGGCGCGGGUGAGAAGCAGAUAAGUGUGUGUGUGUGUGUGUGUGUGUGUGUGCAUGCGUCGCUGUGGAUCUCCGGUAGCACGGGACAGGAUGGCGAGAAGCGUGCGUGAGGAGCGCUGUGUGACAUCACCACCACACAGCGCGCGCUCUUACACUAUUUAUUUUAUUCUCCUUUUGCAAUGCACUGUCUUCUACCAAAACACAGCGCACGCGGGCGUGCUGAGCAGUUUGGACCGCUAUGAGGUAACUUACCCUCAGUGGCUGAACCACAGAAGCAAAAGAGCAGCUCAUACAGACACAAAGCAUCCAUCAGAGGUAGACAUCAAGAUUACUGCAGAGGGAAUGGAGCUGGUUCUCCAACUGCAAAGAAAUGAAGAGCUCUUGGCCACCAACUAUCAAGAGAUAUGGUACGGUCCAAAUGGUUCACGUUAUUUCUCCAAGCCAUCCAGUAGGGAUCACUGUUAUUAUCAUGGCACAGUGAGAGGAGCAGAGCACUCCAGUGUUGUUCUCAGCACCUGUUCUGGACUCAGGGGCAUGAUAGCGUUGAACCACAGCGCAGCCUACGUGAUCGAGCCUCUGGCCAAUCACAGCGUCUCUCAGGGCCAUGCAGUGUUCCGUGCUGAGAGCCUGAAAAUACCCAUGAGCACCUGCAGCCAACACCACGGAGGAGAAAACCACACAGACAAGCUGGACGAGCUGAUUGGCGGGAUUGCACAGGCCAGUCAUGCCACCAGGGAAAAGAGAGACAUCAGCCGCAGUAUGAAGUAUGUGGAGCUGAUGAUGGUGGCUGAUCACGCUGAGUUUGUGAAACAUGGUAGUGACCUGGAGAGGACAAAGAUGAAGCUACUUGAAGCUGCUAACUAUGUGGACAAGUAUUACAAAGCGCUGAACAUCCGCGUAGCCCUGAUCCUGUUGGAGAUUUGGAAUGACAAGGAUAAGAUCAACGUAACGGAAAACCCUUACAGCACCCUGGAGGCCUUUCUGACCUGGAGAAGAAAGCAUUUGCGACAGCUGCCCAAUGACAACGCACAGCUCAUCACGUCAGUCCAUCAACCAAUAGCAUUAGUUGUUAAAACUAAACCGUGUAUCACAGACCAGCCCUAUAGUAAAUGUGGAUGGAGAGUAGUGUAUUUAGUGAAAUCGAAAGCGUUUGCAUUGUGUAUGGCGGAUCUGAGCAAGUCUUUUGCUGGCUGUUUUAGGGGUGUGCCAUUCCAGGGGACUACGAUAGGACUGGCUCCUCUUAAAGCCAUGUGCUCAGAGCACCAGUCAGGAGGAGUUAACUCGGACCACUCUGAAAUUGCAGUUGGAGUCGCCGCUACCAUGGCUCAUGAAAUGGGGCAUAAUUUUGGGAUGAACCAUGACAGUGAUGGCUGCUGCCAGGCCCUGCCUGAGGAUGGAGGAUGCAUCAUGGCUGCAGCUACUGGACACCCAUUCCCCCGUGUGUUUAACCCGUGUAACCAGGCAGAUCUGAAGCGCUAUCUGAACUCAGGUGGUGGGAAAUGUCUGUUCAAUCUUCCAAACACUCGGGUCAUGUACGGAGGCCAGCGCUGUGGCAACGGCUACCGCGAGGAGGGGGAGGAGUGUGACUGCGGAGAGGUGGAGGAAUGUUCAAGUCCGUGCUGUAACGCCAAUAACUGCACGCUGAAAGCGGGUGCUGCAUGUGCCGAAGGAGUUUGCUGUGAGAACUGCAAGCUGAAGAAUCCAGGAGUGCUUUGCCGUGCUCCGUCGGGUUCCUGUGACCUGCCCGAGUACUGCGAUGGUAAAUCAGAGUCCUGCCCUGCUAAUUUCUACCUGGUGGAUGGCAGCCCCUGUGCUCAUGGUCAAGCUUACUGUUACACAGGCAUGUGCUUGACCCUGAAGCAGCAGUGCCAGUCUCUCUGGGGGAAAGAUGCUCGACCUGCUCCGGAUCUGUGCUUCACUGAGGUAAACAGAGCUGGAGAUCCCUACGGAAACUGUGGCAAAGACCUCAUGGGUAAAUACAGGAAGUGCACUGAGAGGGAUGCUAAAUGUGGCAAGAUACAAUGUCAGAGUUCUGCCACCAAGCCCAUUGAAACAAACGCAGUCUCUAUCGACACCACUAUCCGCAAUGGCCAGCAUCAGAUCCUGUGUCGAGGAACACAUGUCUACCGACCUGGCAAGGGAGAGGAGAGUCUGGGAGACACACUUGACCCUGGGCUGGUUAUGACCGGAACCAAGUGUGGGGACAAUGCAAUUUGUUUUGGUGGUGAGUGUCGUAACGCAUCCUUACUGCAAGCGGAUACGUGCAACGCCAGGUGUCACGGCCAUGGGAUGUGUAACAACAAUAAAAACUGCCACUGCGACCCAGGCUGGGCACCUCCUAACUGUGAUAAAGCGGGAAAUGGCGGCAGCGUGGACAGUGGCCCUGUGAUCAUAAAAAGCAGCCUACAUGCUCUCCUGGUGCUCCUCCCUGUGGGUCUCUGCAUUGGAUUGGGAAUUCUGUUCCUCUACUGGUGCUACAAGUGGAAGCUUCAUUCUUUGAAAGACGUGGCUCACCCACCUCACGAGAUUGUCCCAACUACACCCGACUCCAAAACUCCUGCUAGUGGUCACGCCAACCCAACAUUCCAGCUAAAGAAAACGAACACGGACAAACUGGAAGCUAACCAGCAACCAAAUCCUACUGGUACACCAAGAUCGAGACAUUCCGCCAUCCGGCCAGUGGUCAAACCUCCACCGGUCCCUGCAUACGCACUACAGCCGAAGAGUCCUCCAGUCUCAGAGACCAGCUCCAGCUCUCACUCAUCUCCAUCUGUGGCACCAAAAUCUAGACCGAACCCUCCAAGCAGACCUCCUCCGCCUCGUCCUGUUACCAAACCCACUCAGAUCAAAAAGGAGGAGUUAUUUGGAAAUGGUCCUCAAGUAUCACCAGCCUUGUUGCAGAAAGGGAGGACCAAUCUGACGCCCUCUGCUGGACAUCUGAGGACUCAGACUGAAGCCAGUGGAAAAAGUUGAGGCUUUAUCAGACUUGUGGAGAGCAUGGGCAUUACUCUUCUAUGCAGAGGAUUCUUAAAAUGGCGUACUGGAACAAUGUGCAACCUUCAGGCAUGUUUACAUCUUUACCAGUGGCUGUGAAGACUGCCUACGUCCAACACCAUGUUUGCCUACUACACUUGAAAAAAAUCCUAGUGUAAUAUACUUGUUGCGUUGAACUUUGUUUUGGUGCUCUUCCAAUGUUCAUGUGCCAUAUCUGUACAGUUUAUUAUCUACCUAUUUAUUACACAGGCUACACCGACAUGGGGCAAGUUUCUAGAUGUUGCCUUUCAGUAUGAGCAUUCAGAAUAUGUCUUUCUUAUAGUGGAUCGCACGCAGUAUUGAAAACAAUGACACGUUGUGCGAGCAACACGCAUUAACUGGAAUAUCGUACGCGAGUUUUGCACUUUGUGUAUGAAAAAAGGAAAUGUUUAGCAAUAAUAUGCAGGAGAUACUGAUUAAUUGUACAGUAGUUUCGCAGUAGCCUGUGUUUUUUUCCCUACUGCAUUUUCUGUCUCUCUUUUUAUUUUACUGCGAAAUCUAUCAGGAGAAUAAUUGCAAAAUGCUGGAAAUUAUAUAUGUAAACAACGCAGCAAAUCGGUUGUGGCCGUUCUGUAACAAUCUAGUGAGACGAGCCUGCUUUUUAUUCUCUUCACUUGCUCCACUUUGGAGAACGUGACGAAAUGCACCUUAUGAUGUUUACAAUAAGGGCGUCAGGGAAUGUAUAGUAAAGACAUACUGUACAGUAAAUUUAAGACUCUUAGCUUUUAAAAUGUUUGUUUGCUAGGAUAAGCCUUUGAAGGUGUCUUAGAGAUAAUGCCACCACAGUCCGUACAGCUUUUUCACAAAUAUACCGUGUUAUAGAGUUCAUCUCAGUCAGUCACCAGAACAUUUCUUCUAGAUUUUAAGGCAUGUGUCUUCAGUCUGUUCGUCACAGUAAUACUAACAUUUGUAAACGCUCAGAAUCUAACAUAGUGUACAUAAGGUUUAAUUAGCAUAUGUCUUAGCAUAAACAGCUGAAUGGGUUGAAGAGUAACCUUAAAUAGAUUUUGCUUUGUGUGUUUUUUUUUUUAUUUCUGCAUUGAUUUUUUUGUACCUUUUACACCCUUAAGGGUAUGAAAAUCAUACAUUAGAGGAAUGUGGUUGACACUGAUGAUUGUGUUAAUGGCCAGGUAUACUGAUGCUGUAAAAGAGGGAUCAUGUAAAAUGAGAAACCGCACUGUGAACCUCACGAUAAUGACAAACAAACUACAGAAUUAACUGGAAGGACCAUUUCGAACGCUGCCUACACUAAUGUAGUGCUAUGGACUAAAUACACAGCCUGUUGUCCUGGGUUCUUUGGUUUACUUGCACCUUGCGAGACAUGCGCUUUCUGUUAUUAAGGGAAAAGGAAAUUAAAGUGUUGCUGUAAAUUAAUCCUGGCACUGGAGUGAGCCAAUGCCGUAGAUCACAGAUUGAUUUUGAGUUGCAAAAGCAGAUCAAAUAAAACUUGAUUAAA